AAAUCUGUCAUGCUUUCCAACUCAAAUUGCACCAUUUCUGAAUUUGAUAAGAUUUCCUUUUGUCCCUACCUGUCAAAUUACACUUUCAUUCAUUCAUAUUUUUAAUUCACAAAAAAAUAUACCAAACUUUAAUCACACGCACAAACACUCCAUUAUUACAAACUUAUUAAACCUCUAAAUUAAAUCUCCUACUUUGAGGUUUGAAGCACAGCCAGAGCAAAAAAAAAAAAAAAAAACCCAGGCCUUGGUUCACCUCUUCAAUGGCGUCCAUGGCCACCUACUUCAUCAAAACACCAUCCCCUUCUCCCUCUUUCCCCAAAACGUUCAAUACCCAUUUCUCCCCGGCCCUUAGGCUAUCAAUCCCUCUCGGUUCCAAGCCCAGGACCCGCCGAAGGCUCCGAAUUUCCAACGCGUUGAUUGAGCCCGAUGGCGGGAAGCUGGUCGAGCUCUUCGUCGAGGAGUCGAAGAAGGGCGAGAAGAAGAGGGAGGCGGCAUCCUUGCCCAGAGUCAAACUUUCAAGGAUCGACCUUCAAUGGGUUCAUGUGAUCAGCGAAGGCUGGUCCAGCCCUCUCCGUGGGUUCAUGAGAGAAUCGGAGUUCCUCCAAACGCUUCAUUUCAAUUCACUCCGACUCGAAGACGGGUCGGUAGUGAACAUGUCGGUGCCGAUCGUUUUGGCCAUCGACGAUGCGCAGAAACGCCUGAUCGGCGAGUCGACCAGGGUCGCGCUCGUCGACUCGGACAAUAAUCUGAUCGCAAUUUUGAAAGAUAUUGAGAUCUAUAAGCACCAUAAAGAAGAACGAAUUGCCAGGACAUGGGGAACAACUGCCCCUGGUUUGCCUUAUGUUGAUCAAGCCAUAACCAAUGCUGGAAACUGGCUGAUUGGAGGUGACCUAGAGGUUAUAGAACCUAUCAAGUACCAUGAUGGCCUUGAUCGCUUCCGAUUAGAAUUCACAAGGCGCAAUGCUGAUGCUGUAUUUGCAUUUCAGCUGCGAAAUCCUGUUCACAACGGCCAUGCUUUGCUGAUGACUGACACCCGUCGUCGGCUUCUUGAGAUGGGAUACAAGAACCCCAUUCUCUUGCUUCAUCCAUUGGGCGGAUAUACAAAGGCAGAUGAUGUCCCACUUAGUUGGCGAAUGAAACAACAUGAGAAGGUUCUUGAGGAUGGUGUUCUUGAUCCUGAGACGACUGUGGUUUCCAUAUUUCCCUCUCCCAUGCACUAUGCUGGCCCAACUGAGGUGCAGUGGCAUGCAAAGGCUAGGAUUAAUGCAGGGGCUAACUUUUACAUUGUUGGUCGGGACCCUGCAGGGAUGGGUCAUCCAAUUGAGAAUAGGGAUCUGUAUGACGCCGACCAUGGGAAGAAAGUAUUGAGCAUGGCACCUGGACUGGAGCGUCUUAACAUCCUUCCCUUCAAGGUUGCUGCAUAUGAUAAAUCUCAAGGUAAAAUGGCAUUUUUUGAUCCCUCAAGGCAACAGGACUUCCUCUUCAUAUCGGGCACCAAGAUGCGAACACUUGCAAGGAACAAAGAGAACCCUCCUGAAGGAUUCAUGUGCCCUAAUGGCUGGAAGGUGCUCGUUGACUACUAUGACAGUUUGGUUCCUGCGGACAACGGUAAAGUCCCAGAAGCAGUUCCAGUUUAGAUGGAGCUGAUGUAUCAUAUGUAAUUCCCCUGUUUGAGAGAAACCUUGAUAGCUAAUUAGUCUCCUCUGUGUGAUCAAGAUUACUUGAUAGCUAAUUAGCGUCCUCUGUGUGAUCAAAGAUUUCAUAAGAUUCUCUGUCCAGAAUUCUAAUAAAACCAUGUGAGACACUGGUGCAGAGAAACGACCUUGCCUCGACUGUAAUUAGCGCCACUAAUUGCAUCUUGCUUCACUGCAUUUGUGCAUGCAGGCGCUUUGUAUCAUAGCGUGAUUGUCUUCUAUAGAUAAUAGAAGGUAGAUAUUUUGCAAUGUCUUUAGUUCUCAAAAA